AUGGCUUUCACGCAGGACCGCGAUGUGCAAAAGUUCUAUGCACGCUUGCUCUCCACCGGAGAUCUAUCCGACAUUUCCAUUUCUUAUGAGGAUGAUGAUCCGAUUGAGGAAAAUCUUUCCGAGAUAAGGUUGAAUGAAUUGCUUUUAAAUCCGUAUUCGGUUACCUUCGGAUACGACAUAGAUGUUCAGUUCAUACACAAGAUCCUGGAGUUCAUUUACCUUGGAGAUUACAACUUUGGAAAGUCCGGAUUUCUGCCUCAGGUGAAAGACGCAUCGGAUGCGGAUGUCAAUGCCAAGUUCAUGCGUUGGUCAAAUUCCGACUGUCAUUCUGAAGCGGACCUGUGGAUGCACGCCAUGUUUUACUUUUUCGCAGAAAAUCUAUGGGUUUCCAAUCUCCAGGAACGAAUCUUGCAGAAGCUGGAAUCGGCCUGUGCUAUAUACUGGGACACGGAGUCUUUCCUUAAGACCGCUGCGGAUACCUUGACAGAAGUUUGCCUUAAUGACGAGGUCACAGACAUCAUCAUAAAGACGAUUGCAGCGCAUUUUGAGUUAAUCCACAAAGACAAAAUCCGUACAAUUCUCAGGGAUAUUCCAAGGUAUGCAUUCCUCGUCCUUGAACAGAUGGAGAAGGAGAUGCGGAAAGUCAAAGAGGAUGCAGAAAUGAGCACCGCUGAAAGCUGA